AUGAUACCCCUCCUUCCUACCCUAACAGUGGUCAUACUCCUUGUAGACAUAGGUGCAAAACCUUUCCUCUAUGUCCCUAUUGUGAGAAGCAAAAUCAUUUGGCUACUAAAUGUUGGAAGCAGUUCAAUAAGCCUACUUCCGCAUAGCCAACAAUAACUUCUCUCGCUCCAUUUCAUGUUCCAACUCCUACCCUCCACAUGACCUUGAUGCUUGCAAAGUAUGACAUCCUUUGUCGCACUAAUGGUAUCAACACUUCCACCUUUGUUAGUCUUGCCUCGCUUUCAGGCUCCUCCAUGUCAAGUAUACACACUCUCCUUGCUUCUUCUUCGACGCCAUGGACUAUUGAUUCGGGGCCUCCACCCACAUGAUCGAUAUCCCUACCAUUCUCUCCUUCUAUUAGUUUAUCCUGACCCAUCCCCCUGUUACCAUUGUCGAUAGCUAGACUUGUCCAAUCAAAGGUCAUGGUGCCACCUCGACUUCUCACUCCCUUCACCUUACCCAAGUUCUCUAUGUUUCUAUUUUUUCUUUUAACCUUCUUUCUAUCAGUGCUAUUACCUAUGCCUUCCUUUGUAUAAUCACAUUCUUUCCCUUCCAUUGUACCUUCCAGGAUCUGCAUACCAAAUAGAGGAUUGAUUUGGACCGUGAAAACGGGCGGGGUGUCUAUGGGUCGUUUCUAACGAACCCUUAUCUGGCCUUUGGGCCCUUUUUGUCGUCUCUACGACUACUUCUUCUCUUUUGUGACAUUGUCAUUUAGGCCAUCUUUGUUUCUCUAAAUUACAAAAAAAAAUAUUGUGGCUUUCUCUCUCUAAGUUUGUGUGCGACUCUUGUUAGUUGGGCAAACAUCACCGUGCUUUUUAUCCAAGUCAUGAUGGCAUCCCCUCUUCUGCUCCUUUUGACCUUUUUCAUUGCGAUGUAUGGGGUCCAUCUCGUACUUCCUCCAUCUCGAGCCAUCACUAUUAUAUUAUUUUUGUUGAUGACUAUACUCGUGUGAGUUGAGUCUACCUCCUCUACAAUCACUCUAAGGUCGUCACCGUGGUUACCUUCAUUAUCGAAGUUAUCAUGCAAUACACAACUACAUCCAACAUUCUUCAUACUGAUAACACUCUUGAGUUUGUCUAAACAUCUCUUUGCACCUUCUACGAUGAUUGUGGCAUCCUCCACCAUACCACAUAUCCUCACACUUUACAGUAAAAUGGUGUUGUUGAGCACAAACAUCACCAGCUUCUUGACAUCACUCACACACUUCUUCUUAAAAUGAAUGUCCCCCACUAUCUCUGGGUUGACGCCCUUCUAACUACCACUUACCUCCAUAAUCGACUUCCCUCCCCUCCUCUUGGGGAGGUCAUUCCUCUCUAUCGCUUAAUUCCUAAUUUUUCUCUUUUUUCUCUUCCCUCUCAGGUCUUUGGAUGCACCACCUUCGUCUAGGAUUCCUCUCCUUCUCUUUCUAAACUUGCCCCUCGUGCUCUUAAAAGGAUCUUUGUCAGGUACUCUCGCACACAAAAAGAUUAUUGGGUCUACUUUCUCGAUACCCGUCGCUAUGUGACCUCAGCCAAUAUCACUUUCUAUGAGGAGUCUCUUUUCUUCUCCCUUAUUUUGACUCCUCUUCCUCAGGCUGCUAUGUCUCCUCCACUUGGGUUCCCUCCCUUGGUGGUUCUUGCAGACCCUCACUCUUCUCUUCCUUCCUGUCCACUCUCUUUGGAGUCGUUACCCAUGCCCGCCUCUCUUCAGCCCAUGUUACCCAUGGCUCCUCAUGUUCCAGAUGUAGUAUCUUCGUCUUCCUCUCGUACAAUCCCCUCCACGCCUUCAGUCGCUACUCCACCUAAUGACUUUCAUCUCUCUAUUGUCCUUAGCAAAGGUACACCUGCUUGCACCCACCAACCUAUCUCCAAAUUUCUCUCCUAUGACCGCCUUUCUCUCUCUUUUCGUGCCUUUGCCCUCUCUAUGACCUCUAAGUCUCUUCCAUGGUCAUAUGUUGAGGUUGCAUAGGUACUUACAUGGAAGGCGACCAUGGAUUUAGAGGUAGCUGCAUUAGUCACUCGAGGGACUUAGGAUUUGGUUCCACACUCGACCGAUGCCAAUAUUGUGACGUGCAAGUUGGUGUUUACCAUCAAGUAUCACCUGAAUGGCUUCAUUACUCAUCACAAAGCUUGUCUAGUUGCUCGGGGCUUCACGUAGGCAUAUGGGAUCAACUACACUGAGAUGUUCUCUCUUGUGGUCCACCUUAAAUCUAUCUACGUGCUCCUCUCUCGUCGUCAAUUAGGCCUAGUCUUUGAUAAGUCUUCAUUAUCAUGAGUUAAUAAUUAGUAAAUAAUAUAGUUUUAGCCUUAACUCAUGAUAAAUAGACUUAUAUUUAUGUUAAAAUGUGAAAAAUAGUUUUCAGUUGAUUAACGUGAAUUUUUGAGUAAUUAUGUGAUUUUAUAAAAAUUAAUAUGAUUUUUACAAUCUUACUUUUAAGAUAAAUGAAGAAAAAUAAAUAAAAAUAAAAAUAUAAUAAAAUGGGGGGGACCCGCCGGCUAGCUAGGCCUACAAGCGGGUCAGAAGCAUAGUUGGGGAGUAGCCGCAAGUAGGGGCUCAAGCAACUUGGACCGAUAGGGGCAUGUGUGUGCCACUCCCCUUCCACGUCACCGAUGGCUAACUGACUGUGGGGCAAGGAGUGGUCGUACACGUGAGAGAAGAGACUUGCUUUCAAAAUAUAAUAUUACUAUAUAUUCGUUUGAAACUUCAGCGCACAAGCGAUGUGGGACUAAACCCACGCCACACCUUCCCCAUAAAGGGUUUGAAGAUUUUAAUACCUAAAAGACCCCUUAUUUAUAACAGAGAGAUACCAUGAUGAUGUCAUUUUAUAAGGGUAUUAGAGUUCUUAUGUCAAUCUCUCUCAUACAGGUGGGCAACCGGCACGGGUUCAAAUCCUCACAGAGCCAAAACUCAUAUUUUUUAACUGAUUAUCGCAACUUUCCUACAGAUUGCUGGUGAAGGAUUAAGCAACCAAAAUCACUGAAUCAUCGACAAAAAUAUCGUCAAUGCAAUUCACGGAGCAUUGUUACUAAAAUUGUUGAACGAUUCGUAAUAAAAGGAUUACGAAUUCAUCGAGUAAAGCAUCUCCAAUUGAUCGACAAACAAGCCAUCAUCAGGAAGGGGACGAUCCAUCGAGAGACGAGUCGCCACCUCUUGAGAGCAUACCGGAAGUGAUGAAGAGCCUCCUCUUGCUGCACGAACCUGAGGAUGAAGCUCCCUAACACACACCCCACCUCCAUCCAAGUCCUCUCCGUCGGGUGACAGCCGUCGGAGAGCCACAAAGUCAUCGUUUUUCCUCUCCACUGGGUGAUAGCCGCUGAAGAUGAUUCGACGACCCAUUUCAUUGAUCUCUAGACUUCGCAAUGAGAUCUAGAGAUUGCCCACGUCAUCUUUGUCCAAGGAGAGCCUUCAAGGCCGUAGACAUUGCAGGAUGAUCCUCCCGAACGCUCAGGAUUCCAGUGCAUCACUGACGCAUCGCCACCGCGACGCCAGAACUCUAUUUUCUUGCUUUCAACUUAAUUUCCGCUUCAUUUAGUGAUAAUUUGUUGAUUUUAAAUUUACUAAGAUAUAUUUCAUUCGAUUACGAUUCUUCCGACUUUUAUAGACUUUAAUUUGAUCAAUUAAAUCAUAUGUAAUUGCUUACGUAAGAAUCGCCGAGGAGAACUCUAUUUUCACCCGAUUCUCGUUCGCCGUGCGCUGACGUCAUCUUGACGUCUGCACCCUUAUUUCCUUUUUUUGUGAAUUUUAAAUAUAUUUUCUUUUCAUUUCAUAGUAUAAAAUUCAUAAAAAAUAGUAUUCUUUGAAGAAAAUUCUGAAUAAUUACUAGAUAUUAUAUUACAUCUUUGUGAUCGACCUGGAAAAUUACCGCUUUUUUUGAAAGUUUUAUUGAAUUAUAAUUAAUAUAUUUAUUCAAAAAUACUUUUAAAUAUUUGAAAUUUCUUAUUUUCUAGUUUUAUAAAUUUUAAAUUUCCAUGAUUUACUAUACAACGACUAAGUCACGUCAGUCUCUCCACUAGUUAGAUGUUUCUAACACCUUUUUCUACAGUGAUCUCAUAGAGCAAGUUUUCAUAGAGCAACCUCUUGAGUAUGUUGCUCAGGGGAAGGUGUGUCUCUUGUGACGUAUCAUUUAUGGACUCAAGCAGACUUCACGUACCUAGUUCGCUAAGUUUAGUGAUUUGCUCACCACCUUCGACUUCCCUCCUGCACUGUAAAUCUUACCGUGCUCACAAAGAAGAUAGAGGGCAGCUUUAUCAUCCUUACAGUCUAUGUUGAUGAUAUUCUUAUGACUGAAAGUGAUGAGGUCAGCAUCUCUACUACUAAAGCUUACUUGCAGCAGCACCUCAGCAUUCGUGACUUAGGGACUUCAUGGUAUUUCUUUAGGAUUGAGUUUACAAAUCACGACGGGAAGCUCACCCUCACUUAACGAAAGUAUGCCCUCGGCAUGCUUCAAGAGAUAGGUCUCUUUAA